GCGCCAGCGAGUCAGAGACAGGGUGUUCAGAGUUUCCCGAGCCGGCUGUGAGAGCCGCUGUGAAGGAGGCGGUUGGCGACGGCGAUGGCAGCGACCGCUGCGAGGAUGCUGUAGCCCUGGGCUGGCGGUGGCUCUGCGAAGGGAAGGCAUCGGAGGCGGCCGGCUGUUUUGGAGAGGCGAUUGAGCUGGACCAGCUCUCUGCUGCGGCCCACAACGGCCGUGGCAUCGCCAACGAGAUCUUGGGCAAGUCCGGCGAAGCGGAGGCGGACUACGCCCAGGCAGACAAGCUGACGGAGGAGCACAGCGAGGUGCGCGAGAGGCUGAAGCUGGCGCGCCAGUGGCGGCCCAUCGACUUCGAGGCUCACCAAGCUCGUGGGAAGCCGGAAGGCAAGCAAGUGGCUUCGGAGGCAGACUUCCUCAUUUCGUUCGUCACCCCCAGCGGCCCCACCAACAGCCUCAUCCUGCACCAGCUCGGGCAGGGCGUGCAUUUCAAGAAAGAAUUCCGCAGCUCGGUGGCCGUCAACUAUCCACUUUAUCUUUUGCAGGCUUUGCAGAGCGGUGUCAGCUUCUGCCACGACCGAUCGCUGGGAAUGGAAGAGUGCAUGGUGACUGGGCUCUGCCAGGGGCGCUGGGAUGCCGCGUUCUGCGGAGCGCCGGCCCAGUCGCCGGGCGAGUUCCCAUCCCAAGCCUGGGUCCUGCGCUACAAGGAGGCUGCGACGCAGACCCGGCACGGCAUCCUCCUCCUGCAGCUGACGAGCGACUACUUCCUGUCCAAGGCCUGCGGCUGGGCCUUCGCGUUCCUGCGGAAGCCCGAGUUGGUGCACGUCUUCCUCUUCGGCCUGGAGGGUCCGCAGAUCCUCCGCUGGCAGGAGCUCGUGGAGAGCCCAAACCUCUGCCGGCGGGCUUUCGGCCACGCCCCCGACCCGGAGCUCGCGCGCUUAAGGGAGGUCACGGCCGAAGCUCGGAGGUCGAAAAGCGCUGCGGAGCCUGCGGAAGCGGAGUACCAGGCGCGCUGCGAGCUGCCAUCGCGGGAGGUGGGCUACGCUUUGACCCGGAAUCAGCAGAACACGGCGGUGGGAAUCUUGGCUGUCGGCGAGCUGAUGGAAACAUGCAUGCGAGCCGGCCAGGCGCAAAGGGCCAGCGAGCUUGGCAUCCGCUUGCUCGAUGUCCUGGAAGGAAGUUGCGAUCCAGACAACCCCCGUAUUUCCCUGGCUCUCUCCGAUCUCUCCGUGGCUAUCGACGAGCUCGGAGAUCAACGCUGGAGGAAGGAACUGCUGGAGCGCAGCGUCGAGAUUGCAGUGCGGGACUACGGCCCAAAGCAUCCAGAAGUGGCCAUGGUGCUCCGUAAUCUUCUCAACCACAGGACGCCUGCACAUUUUGUGAAACAGAUGGAGCUGCUGCUGAAGAGCCUGGAGGUGGUAGCUCAACGAUUUCCCGGGUAUGGGCGUCCGGAAAACGCGGCGAGAAGCAAUCUGAAUUUCAUUCUCGCAUCUCUGAGGGAGCGUCGGAAGCAGACG